ACCGACAAAAGAUUUCUGUACAAAAAUAAUAAUAAUAUGACGAUUACUUUUUUCUGUAUAAGAGUUCCGCUAAUAUGUCCAGUAACAUAGCUAAUGGACUGUCCAAUAAUAGUAAUGCAGACACGGUAAUGCAAGUUUUCAAUGUACAAGGACAAUCCGAUUGGGUUAUUUACAACAGAUACGUACAACGAGACUUGGAAUUAUGCAAGCUGUUGAUCGAACAAGAACUACGCGAUUCCAAAGACAACAAUGAAUUUGCUUUUUACAUAUUGGGAUUGAUUUACAGGGAAGAAGGUAAGAUCAAAAAUUCUUAUUGGUGUUUCGAAAGGUAUAAUAACCUGGACCCGUUGUGCGUCGAAGGAGUGAAGCAAAUGGCUCGUUCGUGUUUACUGUUGGGAAAGAAUAGCGAAGCGCAGAAAAUGUAUUUGAAAGCUGAUAAAAUGUGCAAGGAGCCCGAUACUAAAGUUUAUUACAAUCUUGGCAUAUGUUAUUCGAACUUGGGCGAAUGGGACAGAUCCAAAGAGUAUUUCCAACGCACAAUCCAGCUCAGCCGCAAUCAACAGGCUUACCAACGGUUGGCCACGAUAUUUGCCAUGGAGAACAACAUCCACAACGCCAUCGACACACUCGUGUCUGCGACAAAAAUAUUUCCGUUCAACACGACUCUGUCAGUAGACUUAGGAUUGUUGUACAUGAAGUUGCGAGAGUACGAUCAAGCUUUCAACGUACUUGGCAAUUCCUUAUGCCAACACCCAGAAAAUCCCAAAGCUCUUUUGACGUUAGCAGCCGAAAUGCAGAGACACUGUGGAUACGACGAAGCGCUGUCCAAGUACACAAAGGCCGUAACUGAUUUGUCGGAAAGUUCAGAAAUUUGGAACAACAUUGGCAUGUGUUUUUUUGGCAAACAGAAAUACGUGGCGGCCAUUAGUUGUCUUAAGCGGUCCGUGUAUUUGCACCCGUUCAAUUGGAUGGCCUUAUACAAUUUGGGCUUGGUCCACAUCCACACAAGGCAAUACGUGUCUGCGUUUAUUUUCCUGACCAAUUCGGCCAAACUAAACGCCACCAACGCCAGCACGUUCGUGUUGAUCGGACUGGCCUUAAACAACAUGAACGACACCGCGAACGCCGACAGAGCUUACCGCAGAUCUAUCGAGUUGAAUCCAGACAAUCCCGAGGCGUUGAUCAACUUGACUGUUUUGGCUAUAAAACAAGAGAGAUAUGAACAAGCCAAAGUACAUUUCCACGAGUUCCAAAAAGCGUGUCUCACUUGCAACACUAUCGACAAAGACAUGGUCGAAAUAGGAAAGAAAAUAUCUGAUUUUUUGAACACACACAAUUUCGAUGAAUGCGACGCCGAAGAAUCAGAACAACGGCAAGACCACGAAAAUAAAUAUACGUAAAAUCAGUAUAAUAUAUAGAAUCCAGUAAAACGUAACGUUUGUUUUAUAUCAAUACACGAGUACAUUGAUCAGAACAAUUUAAUUUUAUUAAUAACUAAGUCAUCGAGUCACGUCACGUUCAUGAUUUGUUUGUCCGUAAGUUAUUGCUGUCGCCUACGUUCCACUUGUAUCGAGUACUAGCUUUUAACAUAUUACGUUAAUAAGUUUUAAAUUCCAUCUCAACAGCUGAUAAGUCGACAUUCUUUACAUGAGAAAUUAUUAGAAAAAUAAUAUAUAUAUAUAAUAAAAAACACA